AGCAGUGGUCCUAAAUCAGUGCCUUGUUUGUAGAGACUCCAUUCGUGGACUCGUACUCCACCUCCUGAGCAGAGCAGCAGAGACACACUCAUCUCCAACCUCCAGAAGCUUUGUUAGACAGCACAGGACGGUUGAGAUCACAGAGAGCCAUGAAGCAUUUGGUGUUGGUGGUUCUGGGUUUGCUGUUGUCUCCUCAGCGAGCACACAGCAAGUUACCUUGCAAGCCACUAACAUCCAGCUUUUGUCAAGGUUUGGGAUACACCACCACCCCAUAUCCAACUGGAGCUGUAGGCUACAACCUGCAGCAGACGGGUCAGAUGAUAGAGACGGCUUGUUCUCCAAACGUCGCCGCACUCCUGUGUCGUGUUGUUGUGCCCGAAUGCGGCUCGGACGAAAACAGCCAGCUGAGGCCUUGCCGAGCGCUCUGUGAGAAGGUCAAGACAGACUGUGAGCCUGCCUUCAGAGCGAAGAGGUUAACCUGGCCGACAAAGCUCCGAUGUGACACUUUAUCACAGACUAACUGUGUGCAGGGCCAAGGCCCCGCUGUACGUCCAACACCCGCUGGAGUAUGUCAGCCAAUCACUAUCGCUCUCUGCCAAGACCUGACGUACACUGACACCAUCAUGCCCAACACGCUGGGCCACAGAAAUCAGGAGGAAGCAGCACUGGAAGUACAUCAGUUUUUCCCGCUUGUAAAAGUGGAAUGCUCCCGUCACCUGAAGACUUUCUUGUGCUCCGUCUACACUCCCAAGUGUGUUUCAGGCAAAGCUCGUUCUCCCUGCAGAACGCUCUGCGAGCAGGCGAGGUCCGGCUGUGAAUCACUGAUGAACAAGUUUGGCUUCCAGUGGCCAGAAUCCCUCAGGUGUGAAGCAUUUACGACAGAGUCCUGUGAAGGCACUGAAGACAUGACUCAAAUAUCCUCUGCGGCAUGUCAGACAAUCACUGUCCCUCUAUGCCAAGACCUGCCGUACACUCAGACCGUCAUGCCCAACAUGCUGGGCCACACAACUCAGGAGGAUGCAGCCCUGGUAGUGCAGACGUUUCUACCGCUCAUACAAGUGGGGUGCUCCCCUCAUAUGAAGACUUUACUGUGCUCCGUCUACACUCCUGAGUGUGUGUCAGGAACACCUCGACCCCCCUGCAAAUCACUCUGCGAGCAUGCACGCUCCGGCUGUGAGCCAGUGUUACAAAGGUUUGGCUUCCCGUGGCCAGAAGCCCUCAAGUGUGAAACAUUUACCACAGAGUCCUGUGAACACUAUGGAGUGGGCAGCAGCGGGGGCGUCUGCGAGCCGAUCACUAUACCAAUGUGCCAGGGCCUGUCCUACAACCAGACCAUCACUCCAAAUCUACUGGGCCACACGAGUCAGAGAGAGGCGGUGAUGAAGAUGUCCUUUUUCAACUCGAUGGUGCAGACUAUGUGCUCGGUGGACAUACGGCUGUUUGUGUGUAUGGUGUACGCCCCCGCGUGUGUGGCAGGGGAGGUGAAGCGGCCCUGCAGGUCUUUCUGUGAGAGGGCCAAACGGGGCUGUGAGGGUCUGAUGACCAGCUUUGGUGUUUCCUGGCCAGAAGAGCUGCAGUGCAACUCAUUCCCAGAGGAAGCGUGUAUAUCAGAAGACAGCAGGCCUGAUAUGCUGACUGCUGAAGGUGUUCUUGCUAAGCUGAAUGCUGGUGGCUACUCUGUUCACGGCAAAACCUUAAGUCUGAAGACAGCCCACCUGCUGUUGACUCUCAUGGACGCAGAUAAGACUGGCGACCUGAAUGUGGUGGAGCUCUUCAAUCUGGAGCACUACGUUGCUGCUACCAGGAGGGAGUAUCUGGAGAGCUACGAGAAGCGGACCCCACCCUCCGUCACUCAAUACCAAAUGAAAAGGGCUCUGUCCGCCCGAGAGUUUGAGUUAGAAGAUGAAACCUUCAAUGUUCUGUGGCGCGAGCACCACUCCGAAGGUGGCAUCGACUACGAUGACUUUGUGGCCUUCCUGACAAAACUUCAGAUCCUCAGAGAUCGUUUCCAGGCUCAUAUGAUGCGUUUGCCGUGUGACUGCAUAGUGGCCAGUUUCUCUUUCAAGCAGUUCAUGAAAUCAGCCAUAAUGUGAGGAUCAAACAGGAACUGAGCUGAAUGGACCACAGGAGGAAUGCUUGUAGCAUCGUAGCUGUGUAGAGCUGUAGAGACCAUGUGUGUGGUUAUGAAUCCUUUUAUCGUCAUUAUCAAAUCUUCAUGCUUUAAGUAUAGAAACUUUAAAGGGACAUGUGUCUGAGUUAUUAGUAAUGUCUGAAGUUUGUAUUUCGUCAGUUUUUGUGUUUGUUUUCAGAUCAAAUGAAAUCUGCAAAAUUGUCACCUCUCACAUUAAAGAUACUCCGCUGAAAUAAUCAUCACACUUUUUCUGCAUAUUUCUCUUUAUUUAUUUGUUUAUGUUUUUGCAAACAAUCUGAUGACGUUACAUGAAUACAUGGUGAUCUAUUGUGUCGGUAUUUUGAUUACAAGAACACAAGUUAAAUAAAAUAGAGAACAGAAAAUACUCACAUGAAACUUAAAGGGUAACUACGGUAUUGUUCAGCCUGGACCCUACUUCCCCAUGUUUUCAGUGUCCAAGUGACUAAUGGAGGCAAUAAUAUCAAAGGCAUAAUCUACUGGCCUUUGACAGCUUUGUGUGCCUUGCUGAUGCUUGUCUAGUGUACAAAGUGAUUAAUGAUCUGGCUGUUCCUCCAUUAAAAGAGUUAAUAAAACUACACUUGGACAAUGGGAGGACAUCUAGGGGUUUUAUCUCAAUGUUGUAGUUGUAUUGUUGUUGCUGUUAUUGCUGCGAUGACUUGGUGUUGUGUUGUCUUGCUAUUGUAAUUGAUGAAGCCGCUGUGUCAUUUUAUUAUUGUUCUUUAUAUAAUAGUGCCUUUUAGCAGCAAAAAUUGUUAAUAUAAGCUGCAAGUAGCUUAUAGCUAACUUGCAGCUAAGUAUCUGUGCAUUGUCCCUGUUAAAUAAAUAAAAAAUAAAUAAUAAAUUAAAAUUGGUCUAACAGUGCUAGAGUGCUGCGGCUAGCAGCCACAAUACAGGCUGCAAUGUAAACACUUGGGGCAUGUUCACACUGUAUAUUUACGUCCACUAAAAGUGUUUGUUUUGUUUUUUUUGCCACUGACAGGCUCAGAUUGUUAUUGUAAGUGUCUGACAACAUUAUAAAAGGAUCCCUACAGAGAUGGACCCGUUUGUUAAAGAGUAAGAUCCUUUUUGUUUAACCAGAAACAUUCCUAAAAUCACCAUCACCAAAUCCACCAGACUCCA